AUGCACGUCUGGUCUCGUCGGUGCGUUCUUCUGACCUCCAUCUGCCUUUUCCUUUAUGACCCGGGCAGCGUGUGGACUUUCGAGGUGACACUGCUUCACACCAAUGACAACCAUGCACGGAUCGAGGAGACCAGCGUGGACUCGGGGAAGUGUCCCGAUGGGCAGCCCUGCUUCGCCGGGGUGGCCAGGAGGUCCACCAAAGUGAAGGAGAUCCGAGAGAAGGAGAAGAACGUGUUGUUUCUGGAUGCUGGAGACCAGUUUCAGGGAACUGUCUGGUUCAACUACUACAAAGGUGCCGAGGCAGCUCACUUCAUGAACAAACUGGGUUAUGAUGCCAUGGCUUUUGGAAACCAUGAGUUUGACAAUGGAGUGGAGGGUCUGAUACAGCCAUUCCUCAAAAAUAUAAAUUGCUCUGUGGUGAGCGCCAACAUCAAACCUGACCAGACUCUGGCCAAAAACUUCAGCAGAUACUACCAACCCUACACAGUCAUCAAGGUGGGCUCAGAGAGCGUGGCUGUGGUCGGCUACACCACUGCAGAGACCCCCGCCUUAUCCAUGCCAGGCCAGCACCUAAAGUUCGAGGAUGAGGUGGAGGCACUUCAGGUUCAGGUCGAUAAGUUGGAAUCUUUGGGCUAUAAUAAGAUCAUCGCCCUGGGCCACUCUGGCUUUGACGUGGAUCAAGACAUCGCCAAGCGUGUGAGAGGGGUGGAUGUCGUUAUUGGAGGACACACCAACACAUUCCUCUAUACAGGUAAGCCCCCAUCCACUGAAGUGCCUGCUGGGCCGUACCCUUUCAUGGUGAGGUCUAAUGAUGGGAGAGACGUGCCGGUGGUCCAGGCCUUUGCCUUUGGGAAGUACCUCGGAUACUUGAAAGUCACCUUUGACAAAGAUGGGAAUGUGGUAAAAGCUGUUGGAAACCCCAUCCUAAUGGACAGCAGCAUCCGUCAAGACCCAGAUUUCCUGGCUGACAUUGAGAAGUGGAAGAAAAACUUGGCUCAAUAUUCCUCAAAGUAUGUAGGACAGACCUUAGUCUAUCUAAACGGGACGUUUGAAGAGUGUCGAUUUCGGGAGUGUAACCUUGGAAACCUGAUCUGUGAUGCUAUGAUUUAUCACAAUAUUAGGCGUUCAAGUGGGCAACAGUGGAAUCAUGUGAGCAUGUGUAUGCUGAAUAGUGGAGCAGUAAGGACAGCCAUAGACGAGCGCUACAAAAAUGGUUCCAUCACUAUGGAGGAGAUCCUCACCGUCUUACCUUUUGGAGGAACUAUUGACUUGGUCCAGAUAAAGGGAUCGACAGUGAAAAAGACAUUUGAACACUCAAUUCACAGAUAUGGAAGCAUGUCUGGAGAAUUUCUUCAAGUCUCAGGCAUUAAAGUUCAGUACGACCUCUCAAAACCAGUCGACCAGCGUGUAGUGUCCGUGUCCACGCUCUGCACUGAGUGCCGUGUGCCCAAGUACGAGCCGUUAGACCCGGAGAAGAAGUACACUGUGGUGAUGCCUUCAUACAUGGCGGGCGGAGGUGAUGGCUAUACCAUGAUCAAGGAGGAGUCAAUGAAGCAUGACACAGGUGACUUGGAUAUUUCUGUUGUUUCCAAAUACAUCUCGGACAUGAAGAGUGUGUACCCAGCUGUGGAAGGUCGGAUCACGUUCAGGAACUCGGCUGUCUUUACAGCUCACAGCCUCGGUUUGUUGCUGCUGAGUUUAUGUCUGUCCCUGACUGCGAAACUGUGAUAAACUGAAGGGCUGCUUGUAAACUCCUCUGGGACUUGGUUAACUGCCUUUCCAUCUCACUGCCUUCAAGGAUAACAAUAUGAUCCAACCUCAGGUUAGAUAAAGUCAGUCCGUUCUAUAACACCUUUCACACAUGUAUGCAAGAUUUUACAAAUUAACUAACAACAGCUUGGUGACUGCUCAUCAAAACCAAUUUUAUUAAGAAUGAUCGCUAUUUGAGUAUGUCCAUCAUCAAGCUGCAGAAUAAAAUACAAAAUAUUCAAAUAUAAUCUGUAAAUAAGCCAUAGAUCUGAUAGAAUUGAAUACUUUAGUUCAAAAUCUAUUGAACACUGCUGUUUCUCAGUUAUUAUUGAAUUGCAUCCUCUGUUUAAUCCGAAGUCAACUUUAUAAACUUCUUUUGUAAUCCUGAUAGAAUAAUUGAAAAAGGAAAUGGAAGAAACUCUCAGGUUGUUUGUUUUUUUACACAUUGAUUAAAUAAAUGGCAUUGUGGAAACAAUUAAUCAAAAAGAGUUAUAGAAAGCUAGAAUUAUAGUCCUGUUGUAAUGAUUAUUUUCAUUAUUAAUUUAAAGGGAACAUAUUAUGCAAAUAUUUAGGUUCAUACUUUUUGGGCUUUCUAUUAGAACAUCUUUACAUACUUUAAUGUUCAAAAACAGAUUGUUUUUCUCAAUGUCUAUCUGAAUAUUCCUGAAACCCCCUUUUUCCUAAAUGCUACGUUUUAGUUCCUGUCUCUUUAAGCUUCGCCUUCCUGAAGUGAAGUAUUGUUCAUUUGCACUGUAACAAAUUUUUAUAUAUAUUGCAUUUCCAUUUUAAAUAAAAAAAAUACCCACAUACAGAUUGCUCUGAAUCAUGAAAGCAGUUUGAUUUGGACAUCCACAUUCUUGCAAAUAUCACUUAUCACCCAUCCUCAUCACCCAA